AUGGGCCCACUUGCUUUAAUCGAGUUUGACUUUUGGACGGAAGUCUUGCAGCCGCCCCCUCUAAUCUUCACGAUUGAUGAAUCUAAUCAUCACAAUUGGCGAAGGAGAUGCCCAAAAGGUGAGGAAGAACAGCUGUGGCCGGCGAUAGGAGAUCCUUCGGUUCUCGGGGGAGGAGUCAUGGUGGCUGUUCGUCAGCGGAAAUCGGACGUGGGGGAAUCUGUGGAGGAGCGAGAUCUCCAUCUGCAGAGAUCGAAAUCUGGCUCGUCGGCGGAUUUUAUCUCUUGCGCUACCUGCUGGAUGCGUAACAAGUGGUAUUGA